AUGUCGUCUCGUUAUUUGAUCAUAUCAAUAUUCGUAUUCGGUGGAUUACUGCUCAAUCACGCCGAUGUGGUGGAUGACUGCAUUAAGAAAUAUAGUAAAACUUUCUGUUCAAGACUGGAAAAGGCAUGCUCACUAUUGACACACAUAGAUAUACCGAUGCAUAGAUCCAUUGACAAUUACGUGUUGCCUGUACCUAUCGGUGGCUGUAUGGCUCAAGAGAAUGCACAAGCGAUGUGCUACGCAAGUAUGGGGCAGGAAAACUGCACUGGUAAAGCUGCAAGAUGUAUUUUCAGAAAAUUAAGGAAAAGAAUGAAGAAUGAUAAUCCACUAUCGUAUUUGGAGAUGGAAUGCAUGAGAACCCGAGGUGUUAUGCAACUCUGUGCUGCACAUCACAAUGUUCACCUAUGCACAGUCUGGAAGAAUCAGUGCAAAAAUGCUUUAAAAAUGGCAUUGAAAACGUCUGCAGUAAAAUUGGUUGUGGAAACCCCAAACCCUGGCCUCUCUCCAGAACUAUCCUUGUGCGUGGCGUCGCAGGAUAUAAUGCUAAGAUGUAUUGCGAAAAUGGGACAGGAGGCGUGUAGUAAAAGAGAAGAGGAGUGCAAACGAAAAUUUGGUCCACCAGAUGAAGAGCUUCCAAAACCACUAUAUACACUCUCAUCUCUUGUUCUCAGCUGUUUAGCCUCAAGCACGUGA